AUGAAUGAAAUGAUGAUGAACAUGUCGAUGACUACUGUAGCGGGUCCCGUGGCGAAACGCCACAGAAUGUGGAUGUGGUAUCAUACAGUAAUCGAGGAGACCGUACUCUUCGAAACGUGGACUGUCUACAAUUUGGGAAUGUUGUUUUUGGCGUGUGGAUUGGUGAUUUUGGCCGGGUUAUUGUUGGAAUUCAUCAAGUAUUUGAGAUGGGUCUUGAGACGAAAAUCGGGGUGAGUACUGUAGGGUACCGUAGUAUUUGAAAAUUUCGCGAUUUUUGAACCCGGAAAUGCUACAGUAUCCCAAAACCUACAGUAACCUGGUAGAUCAAAAAUAUUCGAAUACAGUAAACCUUUAGAGCUAGGCUACAGUAACCCUACAGUACCAAAAAAUUACAGUAACCCAGGAGCGUUUUCUGAAAAUCUGGAAAACCUACAGUACCCCUAGGCAUGUUUGGUAUCAAAAUGCUCCAAAUUUUCGGGCCAAAAAGCCUACAGUAAUCAUUUUUCGCUACAGUAAUCGCUACGCAAAGCAUCUGAGUCAAACCGUAUUCCAUUUUUGCCAACUUUUAUUGGCCUAUUUAUUGAUGAAUGUUUAUAUGGUUUAUUCGGUUUGGAUUUGUUUGUCACUGUGUUUUGGACUCGCUUUUGGACACUUUUUAUUCGCAUCAAGGAUCAGACUAUAAACAUUUUCAGAUUUUUAGUGAUUUUCAGAUAAAAAUAUCGAUUUUUUUGAAAUUUUCAUGAAAAAAUGGGUUAAAACCCUAUAAACUUACCUAUUUCUCUCAAAAAUUCAAUUUUUCGCGCUGAAAAUGAUGUCAUCACUCAUUUUAAGCAUUUCCAGCGUUUUCAGCGCGAAAUUUUGAUCUAGAAAAAAUUUUAAGAAAAAAAAUAGUAGUUCCCAUGGGGAAUCGAUCCAGUGACCUUGUGACUCGUAAAACAUCUUUCUAGAUCAAUUUUUCGCGCUGAAAAUCGUAGGAUUGCUCAUUUUAAGCUUCUCCAUCGUUUUCAGCGCAAAAAUUUGAUCUAAAAACAUAAAUAAAUUACUGAUCAGAAGGUCAAGGGUUCGACCCACACCCGAGGCAACUUUUUUUUCUAAAAAAAUUUUCUAGAUCAAUUUUUCGCGCUGAAAAUGAUGGGAUUGCUCAUUUUAAGCGUUUUCAGCAUUUUCAGCACGAAAAUCCCAAUUUUUGGUCUCAAAAUUAUCGAUUUUUCCCCAUAUUUGUUCUCUUAUCACUUUAUUUUUAUCAUAUUAUUAUUUUUGACCCAGAAAAAAAAGAAAAAAAUAAUUUUUUUCGCAGAUUUUUUCAAAAUGAAAAUGGAUGAUGGUCCGCCGUUUAUGUGGAUGUGGUUCCACACAAAAAUUCAGGAUACCGUACUUUUUGACACGUGGAAUGUGACGGAUGUGGCUAGUGAGUUUUUUGGGUUACUGUAGAGCUAAUAUGAGCAAUCCCAUCAUUUUCAGCGCAAAAAAUUGAUAUAGAAAAAAUUUUCUCAAAAAAAAGUAGUUCCCAUGAGGAAUCGAUCCCCUGACCUUCUGAGCAAUAAUUAAUUCAUGUUUCUAGGUCAACAUUUUGCGCUGAAAACGCCGGAAACGCUUAAAAUGAGCAAUACCAUGAUUUUCAGCGCGAAAAACUGAUCUAGAAAGCAUUUUUUACGAGUCACAAGGUCACUGGAUCGAUUCCCCAUGGGAACUAAUAUUUUUUUCUAAAAAAUUUUUUCUACAUCAAAAUUUCGCGCUGAAAACGCUGGAAAUGCUUAAAAUGAGCAAUCCCAACAUUUUCAGCGCGAAAAAUUGAUCUACAAAAAAUUUUUUUCAAAAAAAAAAGUAGUUCCCAUGGGGGAUCGAUCCCCUGACCUUCUGAGCAGUAAUUUUUCAUGUUCCGGGGUCAAAAUUUCACGCUGAAUUCGAAAAUUUUACUUAAAAUGAGCAAUUCAAAUUUUUUGCAGCUCUUCUCUGGGCCUCGGGCCUAAUUAUCCUCACCGGAAUCAUUGUGGAAGGCAUCAAAUUUCUACGUUGGAAAAUCGAAGUCUCAAAACCGGCCAAGCCAAAUUCCAGGUAAGCUAAAAAUUCUACAGUACUCCUACAGUACCCCCAUCUACAGUACUCUCUUACAGAUAUAUCGAUCGAUUAUUUUCCGGCCCACAUUUUCUGCAGACCGUGCUAUUUUUGCUCCAAAUUGUGCUCUCCUAUUGUCUGAUGCUCAUUUUCAUGACAUUUUCGGUGAGUUUUUGGGGUACUGUAGGAGUACUGUAGAAAAAAUUUGGCACAUUUUGAUACCCAACAAGGCCGGGUUACUGUAGAUUUUGGGUACUGUAGAUUUUCGCGCCCAAAACUUCUCUACAGUACUCUAGCCUAGGCAUGUUGGGUAUCAAAAUGACGCAAAUUUCGGCUACAGUACUCCUUCUACAGUAACCCGGAGAAAGAAUUUUAAUUUCAGGUUUGGCUGGGUCUCGCAGUUCUCAUUGGACUCACCAUCGGAUAUUUGGCUUUUGGCUCAAGAGAAUAA